ACUGCUAUUUCUAUUUCCAAUGCCUCUGAACUCCUCCGAGGACAACCUGACCGUCUCUGCCUUCACGUCCAAACUCAGCCCGGCUGCUGACAGAUGCGUGGGACUGGCCAUCCUUUCCGUCGUUCUGCUCUCCAUUGUGGGUAAUGGGCUGGUGCUGGUGAUCUGCUACCGGAGGAGGAAGAAGAUGGUGGGCUCGGAGCUUCUGUGCGUCAACCUGGCCGUGGUCGACUUCCUCAGCUGCGUCUGCUUCUACCCGCUCUCCAUCCUGUCCUCCUUUCACCACGCAUGGCUGGGGGAAAACGUCACGUGCAUUUACUACGGCCUCGGCUGCUACAUCUUCGGCCUGUGCGGCAUGUUCACCAUCGCCGCCAUCAGCGUCUUGCGCUACCUGAAGACCUGCUGCAGCCUGGCUUACGCGGUGUGGCUGAAUGAAGCUAACAUCCGACUGGUGUGCUGUGCCAUCUGGGUGGUGGCUACAGUGUGGUCCUGCUUCCCUCUGUUCGGCUGGGGCGAGUACGUCCCUGAGCCCUACGGACUCUCCUGCACCAUCGCCUGGAGGGGUUACCACACCUCAGCCAAGGACGCCUUCUACGUCAUCUGCUCGUUCGCCUGCUUCACGCUGGUCCCCGUCCUCCUCAUUGUGGUGUCGCAGUGUCGGAUCCUCCACAAGGUGUCCCACUUCUCUUACUCGCUGUCGGCAAGAGGCAUCCGCAACAACCUGCGUCACACCGAGAAGCGGCUCUCCAUGAUGUUCUUCUGCAUCAGCUUGGGUUUCGUGAUCGCCUGGGCCCCCUACGCCGUCGUGUCCUUCCUCUUCAUUUUCCACAAGGGGAACAGGUACAUGGCCCCCGAGGGUUUCGUUUUUCCUGCCCUCUUCGCCAAAAGCUCCCACAUCUACAACCCGUUCAUCUACUUCUACUUCAACAGAACUUUCCAGCGGGAGUUUCGCAGCCUGGUUCUGGCAUUCUACCACAAGCUGGGGGCAAACCGGGUCGGGGUCCGCUCUACCUCGGGUCACCAGCCCCAGCACCCCAUCCACAUCCAGCUCCGGGAGCGAGGCUGCGGCCAGAAGAAGACGUUUGGUUUGUCUGGGGACAGAAAUCACGGCAAGAUCAAGAACAAGGGCAGAGAUACGCACACCAGUAGCAACUGUGUCCACGGUCGGAUGGUGUACGUCUGCUGGGGGUCCACGUCGAAGAACGGGCCCAACAUCCUGGACCGCAGACCAACCAAGACCCCCCUGCCUGUCUCUUUAUGAGCUCAGACUUCAUGAAGGACUUAGACACUAAUCAGAGUUUACAUCUGUACAUCUGGGUUGGAUGCACAUCUGUAGCACAUUUUAUAGUCAGCCUUGCAAACGGAUGCAACCGUACCUCAUUUUGUAUACACUCGCCACAUCUCUGAGGAUGUUGCAGCAAAGGCACAGCUAAGUGGAAGCAAACGUUCACUGAUGUUGUCGUUAUUAUUAUUAACUUGGGAUUUAGUCGAUCUGGCUGCGUUACUCUGGAGACGGCUGAACCGAUCCACUGAUCCAUCCUCAAUCAGAUCCAAACAGCUGUUACACUCAGUGUCAUGAAAUAUCAUUACAACUGAAAUCUCACAAACGUGGUUAUACGACCACAUCAAGUGACCUUUCAUAAGUCAUACACAUCAGUGUUAAUAAACCAACAUUGUGAAUACUAGCUUGUAAAAUGCAGCAAAAUUAUAUUGUGGUAAAUACUGUAUUUUAUGGUUUGAUUUUUUUUUCCAUGUUGACUCUGGUUGUUAUCACUGAUUAAGAAAUAAAUGGGAAUAUCUAUUGUUCCCUUUGUGCUAUUCUUUCUCAGUGAAGGUCCUUGUUAUUGUGUCUCCAUGUUAAUAUUUGUAAUGUUUAGGUUGGGUUAUAAUGACAGUAUAUUGUAUUGACAGACAUAGAUCUGUAUAUACUGUACUUUUCUGUCUUUUGCUUAAUUUUGAAUUUGUUUACUUGUGUUUGUUUUAUUCAUUGGUUUUGAUGCCUGUUUUAUUAUUUCUUUUACAGUACGAAAUUAGUUUUUAUAUGUCUAACUAAACAGACAUUUAAGCUGUGAAUUUGUUCUCAUGUAACAGGCCUCAAAGAAACCAAGCAUUUUUAUAUUGAAGCGGAAAUGCAAAAAUGAAAAUGUAUGGAAAUGUAAAAAGACAAGACUAAAGUUUGGGAUAAAACACAGACGAAAUACUACAUAAAUAAACAUGUUUUGUAACGAAUAAUAUAAAAACUAAAAUGGGUAGUUAGGAAAGCAGAUUAAAUGUCUGUAAUGUAUUUUUUGAUAGCAAAUAAAUGCACUUAUUGAA